AUGAACCUUGCCACAACCACUUCCAGAACUCUGCAAUUGUUCUUGUUUGCUCUUAUUUUGGCGUCGUUCAAUAGUCCACAGGCAUCGGCCAAAGCAUUCAGUCCAAGUCAGUAUCAUAAUUUCGGUCUGAUACAUCAUCCAAGACUUCAUAUCAAAUCGAACCCAUCACUGAUUGCCAUGACCAACGAAUCUGGCGACAAUUAUGAUACUGCCCCCCAAGCAUUGUCUGUGCGUGGAGGAGAUCAAGAUGUGCCCUCCAAGAAGGGAAAGAGUCUCAUCCGCGAAAUGGUGGCCGAAAUGAUUGGAACUUUCAUCAUGGUACAAAUCGGCACAGCUUCAGUCAUGUCUGCAGUCUUUACGAAUUCACUGGAUCUAUUCUCCAUUGCCUCAACUUGGAUCAUUGGAGUGUCAAUUGCCAUUUCGACAACAGCUGAUGUUUCUGGUGCACAUUUGAAUCCAGCAAUUUCCAUUGCCUUCGCACUUUUGAGACCAUCCGCCCAAUUCGGUUGGGCAAAAGUCAUUCCUUACGCUAUUGCACAAGUUGCGGGUGCUGUCCUUGCCGGUGGGGUCAAUCUGGCAAUCUACGGCACUACAAUUGCUGCCUAUGAAAAGGCCAACAAUAUCGUUCGAGCCGCUGCUUCGGGUGUCGCAUCUGCAAAAUGCUUUGGAGAAUAUUACAUGGACCCGGUCAGUUCAUCGGUUGCAUUCCUAGCGGAAGCCUUUGGAACUGCAGUCUUGUCGUUUGUCGUCUUUUCCUUGACCAACAAGAAGAACUCAACGGCUAAGGAUGGAUACAUUCCACUUUUGAUUGGUGCUACCGUCGGCUCCUUGAUUGCAACUCUGGCACCAUUGACACAAGCUGGUUUCAAUCCAGCACGAGACUUUGGACCACGAAUCGUCGCAUUCCUAGCUGGUUGGAAGACUGUGGCCUUUCAAGGUUGGUGGGUCUAUGUAUUUGGUCCAAUCGUCGGUGCAAUCGUUGGUGCAACUCUUGCAGACAAGGUUCUUCACGUCGACGAUAAUGCUGUUUAG